UUAUCUUUAAAAGAAUAUAUAAAAAUACUUAAUAAUGAGUAAAUUUGACAAUGAUUAUUAAAAUAUUAAAAAUGAUAUACUAAGAGAAAUUAACUAAUCACAGUUUUAAUAAAGAUAAGAGAUAUUGAAAUUAUAGUAGAUGAUUAUAGAUAGAGAAGAUAAAUCAAAGGAAAUGGAGUUAAAAGUAAAUUCAUUUGAUAAUAAAAUGGUCAGUCUAAAGAAUUUGCUAAUGUCAGAAUUAAGUCAUACAAAAGAAAAUUUAUUAUAAGAACCUAAGAAAAUUAUGAGAGACUUUGAGAUAAACGUUAAGCAUAUUUAUGAUAUGAAAUUUAAGUCAUUAGAAGCUUAGUUUAUUGGAAUUAUGGAUGAGCAAUCCAAAUUAAAUAGACUGACUCAACUAGAUUAAACUAAGAGGUAGGAAGAAAUAUAAGAUUAUUACAGUAAAUUGGAAAGGUUUGUAUAAUAAAACUAAGAUAAAUUGGAUCAUAAACUUGGCACUACUAUUUAAGAUAUCUUAGCAAAAUUCAAUAAAAUGGAGGAUACAUUCCUUGAGCUUUUCAAGUAGAAAGAAAAGUUGUUUGAAAGAAUGAAUCUAGGAUAUGAGCACCUAUUUUCAAAUUAAGAAAUAAUAGAAUCAACUAUCAAAAAAAUAAUCUAUACUUUAGAUAGAAAAGCAGAUAAUCUAUCAGUUAGGACAUAUCUAAAAAAUAUUAAAAUUGAUCUUGAUACUAAAUUCGAAGAUUUUCAAAAUAGCUUAGCUUUUCCUAGAGGAAUAAUUACGAAUGGAACUUAUUUACAAGAUAAAACAAAUUAAUCAGCUGUUUUAGAGAAUUUAAAUACAAUUAAUAUUAGUGAAUUAAAACCAUCUGAAUCUGAUAAUUAAUUGAAUAAAAUAAUUUAUAAAAUUAACCAAUAAAAUUUAACUAUAAAAAAUAUCAAAGAAAAUUAUCAUGAACAUGAAAAAAGGAUUGAUCAUUUAGAGGAAAUAACUAUGAAUUUAAAACUAAUGGAUUAAAAUUCUUAAGUUAAUUAAUUACUAAAUUUAAAAUAAAGAGUUCCUGUUUUACAUAGUGAUGAAUACCACAUUAAUCAAACUCCUAAUAAUUAAAAAGGCAAAUUCUAAUCUUUUAACCAUAGUCCUUAGAUUGAUAAUAGCUACUAUUAGAACAUUCCAACAGAUUCAAAAAGCAUUCAUUAAAAAUCAGAUAUAAAAGACAGAGAUUAAUUUUCUUAAAAUAAAUAAGGAAAUUCGAUACUAAAUGAAAUCUUUGGUAAAAAAAAUGGUGAUAACAGAGAUUCAAAAUCUAACCAAAUAAAUAAAAGUGACCAUUCUAGAAAUUUAAUAUAUGAAGCCUUUGAUCAAACUGUAUCUCCUUAAUAAAAUAAGCUGGAUCAUUAAAAAAAUAAAAAUGAAUAAAUUUAAAAUAAUUUACGUCAAAAUAAUUUCAUGUAAGCACCUUCUAGCGAAACAAUAGAAAAAAAUGAAAAGCUACCAUAAUAACUUGAAUAAGAUGAAGGAGAGUAAAUUGAUUUUGCAAAAAGCAAGUUGAACAAUCAAAAUGAGAGUUUAGAAAAAUUAAAGCUAGUUAAAUCUGUGGCAUAAGAUAGAAUGACAUCUACAAACGUCCAAAAUAGAAUGAGAUUAAACUUCGAUUAAAAAUAGAAGCUUAAAUCAAAAGAAGAAAGCUAAAACAAAACUAAGAAAGAAGAUAGUGACAUUCUUAAAGAAGCUUAACCUCUUGAUUAAGGUUUUAUUGAUGUAGGAGAAGAUUUCUUAACUAACUCAUUGAAAAAAUCUUUAGGCAAUAAAGAUAAUGAUACAUAAAAAUCAAAUAACUAAAACAAAAGACCUUAACUGUAGAUAGAAGAAGUAGAAUAAAUGUCUUAUAAAAAUAAAAAUAACAAUCAAAAUAUAAAACAAACUGUUUCCCCUCCGCCAGAGGAAGACCAAGAGGAACUAAUUACAGGUGGAGGAAUUAGAAACUUACUUAAUAAAUCUAAAAAUAGAAAUGAAAGUAAAGAUGAUUCUCCAAUAAAAAAUUCAUAAUAUAACAAAAAAAAUGUAAGCAACUUUAGCAACUUAAAUGAAAUAGACCUAUUAAAUUAAGAAUAUAAAAACUAAUUUAAUUAGUCAAACAUAGGUUCUAAGAGUUCAUCUCUUGAUAAUAAAUUCAAUUAAAACAAAGUCAAUUACUAAACCAUGCAAAAUAAUAGCAAUUUAUAUAGACAAGGAGAAUAUUAUGAUUAGCCUAACUCUUAAAUAUUUGAAAAUCCUUUAGACAAAAGAAAUCCACUUUUAAAGAAGCAAGGAGAGAUGAGCAAUAGCAGUAUUAUGAGAGGAAAUAAGUCUAACUUAUCCAAUAAAUAAAAUGAUCUACCACCAUUAAACAUAAAAAGUACAAAGGAAAUCAAUAAAUCAAAAGUUCUUCCUUAGAGAAACUAACUGAAUAAAGGAUUAAAUUAACAAGGUAAUUUGAACAACAAAUUUGGAAACUAAUACUAAAAUAGAGGGCCUGUAGAUUAAAAUAACUAAUAUUAUGAAGAAGAUGAAGAAGUAGUAUAUUAAAUAGAUGAAGAUGGCUUCUUAAUGGAUGAAGCAGGUGAGUAUUUAAGGGAUGAAUAAGGUAAUUUUAUUAGAUUAACUCCUGAUUAAUUAGAUAAUUUAAGAGACUAAAACCUUGUUGUAGAGGAAGAGUAUUACUGAUUUAAAAAUAAAAUAUCAUACUAAUUAAUUAAUUAAUUUAACUUAAUAUAUACAACUUUAUAUCAAUUUUAUUUAUAUGUAACUUAUUUGUUUUAUAGAAAAAGUAUAGUUUUAAAUAGCAAAUUCUUUUUAACUCU